UUCAGGUGGCUGGCGGUUUUUUAUUACUUAUUAGGGAUGCUGAUGGCCAGGUAGCUUGAGCAGGUUGAUGCAAAACUGGAGCCAGUUGUGCCAUGCUUUGGGCCAAUUCAGUCCUUGAUGCUGGGCAGGCAGCUCUGGUUAUUUCUCUGUAUCAGAAUAGGUAAGUGCUCGGUGCUCCCAUAUUCAAUUAGGAGAUCGUUGCAUUAUCUUCUUUUGCGACGUACUACCAUUUGUUUGAAAUCAACGAAAUCUUACCAUAUUAAUUUGCUGGCAAAUCUUGGGAUUAAAAACCUUAAAAGAGACCUUCCAUAAAACACAGACGACGACCACAAUGAUACAUUUCCAUACAGUGUUCAUGCGAUUGCUCAUUUCUAAUUAAUAUUCUGCUCAAAACACCCUCCAAAUACACCAUUUUCUCUUUGAAAGAAAAUUCGUUAUGGCGAAUUCACGACCUGUUUUUUCCCACAAUCUAUAUGAACCUUACCUGAUACACCGACUGCAAAGCAUUCUGUAACAUCACUUGCAAAUUCAACAUCAAGAAUGGUUCUUGUCACCUUUGUAUGCUUGUUCGCCUCAUUUUUAGCCAUUUCAUCCCCUUGUCCGUUACCGAUCAAUGCCACUGCUGAUGCUGAUGCUGCACCGGGCUGCGGCACCGGCAACCCGAUCGACGACUGCUGGCGCUGCUUCCCCGGCUGGGCCAGCAACCGGCAGCGGCUCGCCGACUGCGCCCCCGGGUUCGGGCGCGGCGCUGCCGGCGGGAAGGGCGGCGCGGUGUACGUCGUGAACGACUCCAGCGACGACGCGGCGCGGCCGGCCCCCGGGACGCUCCGCUACGGCCUCGUCCAGGAGGAGCCCCUCUGGAUCGUGUUCGCCGGCGACAUGACCAUCCGCCCGGCGCACGAGCUGGUGGUCGCCUCCCGCAAGACCGUCGAUGGCCGGGGCGCCCGCGUGGUCGUCGGCGACGGCGGCGCGUGCUUCGCAGUGAGGGGCGCGCGCGACGUCGUCAUCCACGGGCUCACCGUGCGCGGCUGCCGGCCGAAGCCGAAGCUGGACGCGGCGGCAGAGGCGGCAGCGAGCGGCGGCAGCGGCAAGGGCGGCAUGUCGGACGGCGACGGCGUCUGCGUGCACAACUCGAGCGACGUGUGGGUGGACCACUGCACGCUGGAGGACUGCGCCGACGGCCUGAUCGACGUGGUGGAAGGCUCCACGCGUGUGACCCUGUCCAACAACCUCCUGCGGAACCACGACAAGGUGAUGCUGCUUGGCCACAGCGACGGCUACACCCAGGACAAGGCCAUGCAGGUCACCGUCGCCUUCAAUCGCUUUGGCCCUGGUCUCGUCCAAAGAAUGCCAAGGUGCCGGUUUGGGCUCUUCCACGUCAUCAACAACGAUUACAUAGACUGGGAAAUGUAUGCCAUUGGGGCCAGUGCUUCACCGACAAUUCAUAGCCAUGGCAACAGAUUCUCUGCCGAUAUAGCCAAAGAGGUGACCAAGCGGGAGGGUGAUGUGCCGGAGAGCGUGUGGCGCAACUGGAACUGGCUAUCCGACGGCGACCUGAUGCUCAACGGCGCGUUCUUCACGGCGUCCGGCAAGCCGGGGCCCGACCUCAAGGCCCCUACCUUCGCCAGGCCUUCCUCGUCUGUGCCGUCGAUGACGGCCUCGGCUGGGGCUCUCUCCUGCGACGAGGCCUCACCUUGCUGACGACGAACCGGACCACGCGUCGCUAAUAAACACAGCUUACUGCUGUCUCCGAUGAUUGUUUCUUGUUUUUUUUUUGGGGUUUUGUGUGUCAAUAAAUUGCAGCACCAGAACUAUAUGUUAAUCCGGUAGUAGAACAUGAUAGCACUCUCUGUGAGAGAGAUAGAGAAGGCUCAAUGUUGUGCUCGAGAAUUGUUCAUAAAUCGUCAAGGAACUGGUUCUGCUAUUCCUAAUUGAGUGUUGCGAAAGGUGUUGUCUCGGU